GUCGUUACGACACGACUCCGACGCUUUACGACUAUUUUGGAGGUUGAUUCAAAAUGGAGUAAAGCCCUAGUUACCUGUUCAAUACACCGUUUAGCCUCAGCUGUGAACUCGAGUUUCUGUCGUUUUUCAUAGAAUCAGGUGAGAAAAUCACUAACCCUCUCACGAUGACAGAGGAAAAGAAGACAGGCGCGUUGGGUUUCUUCUCCAGCUACGACGAUCUGAGCGACAGCAGCGACGGCAGCGACUCAGACGAGGAGGGAGGGAAACGACAGAAGAAACCCGGUACAGAUGCUGCUGGAAGCUCCUCCACACAGGGGACCAAACGAGCAGCUGGAGGAGCUCCUUUACCCAAACCUGAUGAGCUGUUCGGCUCCGUGUCCAAGCCUGCGUUCCUCUACAACCCGCUGAACAAAGAGAUCGACUGGGACAGUCUGACGGUGAAGGCUCCGGAAGAGCCUGCUAGGCAGUUUAAGCCCUGGAAGACAAAUGCUGUGCCUCCUCCUGAGAGCUACACUGCAGAGCCAGAGAAGAAGAAGGGACCUCCUCCGGGCAUGGACAUGGCCAUAAAGUGGUCCAAUGUGUACGAAGACAACGGGGAAGACGCGCCACAGGCUUACACUGGCAAUGCCCGAUUCUUACCUACAGAAGAAGAGCAGCCCUCUGAUUCAGACGAUGAUUCAGACAAGGACGGCCUGUCUUCCAAGAAGCGUCGAGUGGAGACCUUCCAGCAGAAAGAGAAGAGGAAGAGGGACAUGGGACAAGCUACGUCUGACAAGAACUUUGUAGAGGAGGAGAAAAGGAUCCUCAGGCAGAAGAUUGAGUGAGACCUGCAGCGAGGGAGCUGUUUCAAUUUGAAUAUUUCACUUCAGACUGGAGCGUUCACAGAGAUUAGCACAUUGAUCAAGUAGCUGAAACGCUGCACACACAAACAGACUCUGUAUCUUUUAUGUUAUCAUAGUUUGCAAUAGAACAAUAUUUUAGUUUUUUCUUAUAAAGUAUUGUCGGUUACAAUUUUGAUGAAAAGUACAAUUUGUGAGACUUCAGAGGCAAAGUUUUUAACUCGAGGCUUCAGAUUCUGAUUAAUCCCUGCAGAUUAUUCUCAUAAAUCAGAGGACAGCUGAGGUGUUUGACACUCUGGGUCCUAAUCUCCUUAACUGAGUCCUCACCAGUUGUCUUCCACAGGGAUGAUAAUUAUUUAACACCAUCAUACACAGCUUUACAACAUGUAUAGUCCCAAAUAAACCGUGGCGACAACAAGUUGAAAUGAGACUUGGAAUAAACCUGCCUGAUAGCUUUUUCUUGUUUCCAUGUGUUUAACAAAUCCGUAAAAUUAAUCAAAAGUUAUCAUAACAAACAAAAAAGUGAAGGCCAGUAUUAGAGGGAUUGAUUUCACCUGAAAUAAGGGACACAUUAGACAUACUUUGGAUUUGUUUCCUGUUUGUUAAAAUGUAAUGAGUUGAAAUGACAGUGACAUCUUCCUGUGGUGGUUUUAUGUUCGUCUUGUGAUGUAAGAAAUAUCUUAUCACCAUUAAAAUACAACUGUGUUUGUUGUUGUGUUAAAACUGUGACUGUGAGUUGAAGUUACUUUUAAAAAGGUUUCCUGCUCCUCUGGAUUGUGGACACUAGAUGUCGCCCUUAAGCUUCAUGAGAAAUACUCUCACCAUGUUUGUAGUUCAGUCUGCAGCAAUAGAGGCAACACCAGCUCUCGAUCAGGGUCUGUGUGGGUUCAUCUCACCUCAAUUCUCUUGACACACCUUAUGUAUAUAGAUUUUAUAUUUAGUCUCAUGUACCCUGUAUAACUCAACACUUAAAUAUAUGUGAACAAAUGCAUGUUUAGUAUCAGAUAUUUGGAAAGUUGUACAGUUUUAUGGACCCUGUUUGUUUCUGCUUAUUCUGUGUAAACAGUUGUUUAUGGUUUGUUUUAGUGUUAUAUUAUUCAUCAGAAACCAAUGAGGCAAUAAAAGUCUUUUUCUGGAGAAGCACCUCCAGGAGCCCAACUUCUUAA